AUGCAGGCCCCCACGCGCGUCUCCACGACCACAGUUCAUGAUCUGUUGUUCGCGGACAACUGCGUUCUCAACACCACAACAAAAGCGGACAUGCAAAGGAAUAUGGAACUCCUUGCCGCGGGUUGCACAAUCUUCGGUCUCACCAUCAACAUGGAUACAACGGUGGUCAUGCACCAACCGACGCCCGGGGAUGACUACAAUGCUCCACGUAUCAACUUCAACGGCGCCGAGCUCAAAAACGUGGAGAACUUCGCCUACCUUGGCAGCACGCUAUCUCGCAACACCAGAAUCUACAACGAGGUUACUCGCCGGAUCUCCAAAGCCAGCCAAGCCUUCAGCUGGCUUCAAGCCCUGUGUGGAAUCGUCACGGCCUCCAGCUAUCCCCGAAACGGAAGAUGUACAACGCCCUCGUCCUCACAACACUCUUGUACGGAGCGGAGACUUGGACUGUCUAUGUCAACCAAGCUCAGAGGUUAA